CUUGUUCAGACAUUUCCACCCCAUUUUCCAAUUUCGUAUCCUUUCUUUCUUUCCUUCUUGAUUGAGUAGUUGGACGACUUGGAUUUAGCUAUAACAUCUAUGGGUGAGGCUGUUGAAAUCAUCUUCACAAAUGGUUUCUCUAAACUCUGCAAUGAUACUACUACUAAUAAUAAUAAUAUUAUUAGUCUUGAUGAUUCUUCUUGGUACGAAGAAACCAUUGAUGAUGACCUCAAAUGGUCUUUUGCCUUGAACAGUGUGCUACAUAAAGGAACUAGUGAGUUUCAAGACAUUGCUCUCUUGGACACAAAACGCUUUGGCAAGGUUUGGUUGAUUGAUGGGAAGAUUGCAAGAGUGCUGAAGCGGACUGAGUUUAUUUAAUCAUGAUGCUUAAUUCAUCCUGCUUUUCAAUGCCACCCAAGUGAGCCUAAAAAAGUUUUCAUAAUGGGAGGUGGGGAAGGAUCAGCUGCAAGAGAAGCACUUAAGCACAAGUCAAUAGAAAAGGUGGUGAUGUGUGAUAUUGAUCAAGAAGUGGUUGAUUUCUGCCGUAGACAUCUCACUGUAAAUCAACAGGCAUUUUGUCACAAAAAGCUUAAUCUAGUAAUUAAUGACGCCAAGGCUGAGUUAGAGAAGAGAAAUGACAAAUUUGAUAUAAUAAUUGGAGACUUGGCUGAUCCAGUUGAAGGAGGGCCCUGCUAUCAGCUCUACACUAAAUCUUUCUAUCAGAGAAUACUAAAGCCUAAGCUCAGUGAUAAUGGCAUUUUUGUCACUCAGGCUGGGCCAGCAGGCAUUUUCACCCACAAGGAGGUAUUCUCCUCUAUAUACAACACAAUUAAACAGGUCUUCAAAUAUGUGGUUGCAUACAGUGCUCACGUGCCAUCUUUUGCUGAUACAUGGGGAUGGGUAAUGGCCUCAGACCAACCUUUCUGUAUAGAUGCUGAGGAGAUAGACAGGAGGAUUGAAGAAAGAAUUCAGGGUGAAUUGCUUUAUUUAAAUGGAGCUGCAUUUCUUUCCUCCACCACCUUGAACAAGACUGUCUCUCAAUCGCUGUUAAAUGAGACCCAUGUCUACACUGAGGAUGAUGCAAGAUUUAUUCCAGGGCAUGGACUGGCUUACAGAAAUUGAGUCAUCAAGGAGCUAUUGGGGGGAAUUGCUGUAUAGAGAGAAAUAUAUCUAUAUAUUUAGUAUUUCAAAUGUAUCCAAAGAAACCAAUCAAUUGUUAAAACCUGCUUUUGUUCUUAACUAUACUGAAUAUGUUAGUUUCAUUGGGCUGUUCAUAGGACUUGAUCUGUACUCAAAAACACAUGAAAGCUUCGUUUAAAUCUUUAAUCAUUUUAUGAGGCAUUCCUCCAUUCAUAUAUUA